AUGAGAAAAAUUGCUUCAGUUUUAAUUCUUAUUUCUAUUGCUUUGUUUACAGUAAAUGCUUCUAAGUGUGAAGACGAUCUUACAAAUCAGUUAAAUUCUGGAACAGUUUGUUAGAGUACUGAUACUGCUUGCUAAACUGCAUUAAAUACUUUGCUUUAAUGUUCAGUGAGCUGUAGCUAAAAGAAUAGUUCUGAUUCUGCUAUUGCAAAUUGCGUAAAAACUAAUUGCAGUAAUAUCAAUAACGAUACUGUUAAGGGUUUUUAUAACAAAAUGAUUGCUUGUUUUGACAGUGUACUUUUGUUCUCAGCCCUCUUCGUUUUAGUAUCAUUGUUAUUCUGA